AUGGCACACGUCACCAUCCAAGGCAAAAUGGAGAAGCUACACUGCUCAAGCAGCCACACCAAACCCCGGUCACCGUCACCCAAGAAGACGGAAAAAUACAUAAUCCAAAAGCUCAGCAAGGAGUUUGAGUUGACAAAUGACACCAUCGGCGAUGGUGGCUUUGCCAGAGUCAAGAUCGUGCAGAGGAAAGAGCAGGGCACGCUUGUUAGGUACGCGGCCAAGUUCCUCAACAGAGAGGAAGGAGAGCUCGAGCGGUUAUAUGUGGACCGGGCUCUGAAGGAGUUCAACAUCGCCAGGAGCCUGCAUCAUCCGAAUAUCGUCGAGGUUCUUAGCCUCUGCAAAUAUAAGCUUCGCCUGGCCUUUGUUAUGGAGUACUGCCAACAUGGCGAUCUCUUAGACCUAAUGGAAAGGGGAACUCUUUGCCAUGGGGCCAAAAAGUGCCUCUUUAAACAAAUGCUCAGGGGUGUUGCAUACAUGCAUAGCCAUGGUAUCGCACACCACGAUAUUAAACCGGAGAACAUGGUCCUGGCCGAUGAUAACGUCCUCAAGAUCAUCGACUUUGGGCUCUCUGAGGUCUUUGCUGAGCUCCUCCCUCCCAAUAGCAAAGGCGAAAGGGAACUUGGCCGGGUCCGCGAGUUCCCUGCUCGUCUCUGCGGCACAGCAGCCUAUCUUCCACCAGAGAUACUUGAGGCUAAAUACUAUUACGACGCCCGAGCCCUCGAUGUGUGGAGCUGCGCCAUAACCGCCUUUACUCUAUUCGUCGGCAAAUUGCCUUGGGGACUAGCCGACGAUGAAGACGAACUCUACCAAGCCUUUCAAGGAAGUUGGCAGUACCUCCUCGAAGAAUACCCCGACAUACCUGUGACGGCGGACAACUUCCCGCUUACAGUUUUCGCCGAAAUCCUGCCGGAGAAGGAGCUUACAACCCUACUUCUUCGGAUGCUGCACCCAUUCCCGGAAAUGCGCAUGACAAUUUUCGAAGUGUUGGAGGAUCCUUGGGUUCAGGCUAUUGAGUGCUGCAGCCCCGAGUCCGACCACCUGUCGGCGGUUCAGGGUGACAAAGCUGGUGAUUGUGGCAUCCCCAAUAUGCAUGAUCACCGUCCCUCGAAAGACAAGCUGGUUCCCAAAUCUGACUAG